AUGGAGUUCUUUGGCCCAACUUACCGUCGCCCGGCCACCGUGCGCGAGAGGGAGUGGCCGGAGGGUGUCAUCGUGGAGAACGAGCUGCGCAUCUGGGCGAUAUCAAGGUGGAGGAGCGACAGGGCGCUAGCCGAGUUCUUUCUCUCGCAGGGCUACCGCCACCUCAACCUCCCUCUAGGCUCGCCGCCCAUGUACACGAUCGAGUCCCACUUCGACGGCAACAGCAACCAUGAGAUAGGCCUCUUCGUCCACUUCAGGAACCCCUUCGACGCGCACCACCUCCUCGGGCAGCGACGGAAAGCCACCUGGGUGGCGCCACUGGUGGGAAAGGAACCACCGCGGAGCGCCGAUCAGUCGGACGGUGCUGACGAGGAGGAGGACGCCGCGGACGGCUCGGAGCCCGACGACUCGAAGCCCGACGACGCCGACGAAGCGGACGAGGAGGAGGGCGCCGCCGACGACGCGGACGCGGAGGAACAUGCCGUCGACGACGCGGACGACGAGGAACCCGCCGCCGACGAUGCGGAAGAGGACGAGGACUCCGACGCAAAGUGGGCGCGGCUGGAGGAGGCCUUGGCCGCCGAUGAGAAGGCGGCCGCGAAAAAGAAGGCUCGCGCGAAGAAGGCAGCCGUGGCGUGGGCGCGGGCCGAGGUGACGGACGAGGAGGAGGAGUACAACGGCUCUUCGGAGUACUCCUCGUCAGAAGAUGACUCGUCGGAGUCCACCUCGUCGGACGACAGCUCCUCGUCGGAGAAGGCUUCUCGCAAACGGGGGCGCCCGGACGACGACGAGGCAGAGUCGUCGUACAAACGUUCCAAGUAG